GUGGGCGCGCGAAAAGUUCAACAAAUUGUUCCAUGCUGUAUGUAGUAAACACUUCAAGCUAUCAGUAAAAAAAUAGAAAAAAAAAUAGAAAAAAUGUUCGACACUAAAUGGUUGCCUGCCGCCUGUGGCAGUUUGGCGCCCGCCCUCAUACCGCCCGCACACAUGUUGGUGUUGGCCUACUUUUGGCAAAAUUAUUCACGUUACGUUGAUAAACACUUUUGUACUUGCUCCUGCUGGGACACCAUAUUCAAGGGACCAUAUGAAUCGGGUAUCGCCUCCUAUAAGCAUCUCUACUUCAAUGUCACACAAAACUCGUUCAAAAUGUGGCUGAUCACCGUAUUCGCUGUUAUUGCACUUUAUGAAUGCAUUAAACAGUUGAUUGCGUUGAUAUUGCAACAACGUUGCCGCUACUCGAUGUUGUUGCUAUUCUCGUUGUCGAUAUUUUCACACUACUAUGCGUGGUGGGCGUACAUGAAUUACUACAACGACGACUACUAUCAACAAUGGAAUCAUCAACUAUUCUUUACGGUAACCGAAUUGAUAUCUUCCGUAUUGGUUAUGCAUCUGGCCAACACCACCAACACCGUCACAUCGAAAAAAGUAUUCUGCAUCGUUGGCAUUGCCAUACUCCACAUCACAGCCAGUAGUUUCGAUCAAUUCUUCCUGAAUGUGGUACGUGGCGAGGGCUAUGCCCAUCAAAUAGUACGUGAUAUCGGUUUUAUGGUACCGGACAUUCUCCAAUUAAUUAUACCAUUGUGGCUGUUCCGUAAAACGCGCAAGGAAUCGUAUACGACACGCCCCUUCUAUCGUGAUCGUAAUCUACACAAAGAUAUUGUGGCGAUGCUAUUCUUCGUGUUGGCACUCUUUGUGGUUUGUACGAUUUUGUGAGAUAAAAUUUUCCAAUACCUACAGAUGAUGAAUAGCGAAGAGGAAGCGCGUGCCACAAGGCGUAUGAAUUUAAUGGCGCGACUCUACUUCAAUUUGUAAGGUAAUUUGAAUAACCAACAUAUCUAUGUAAUGUAAAAUGUUAAACAGCAACAAAAGUGGGAGCAGACAUGUCAUACAUUUAGCGGAUGUUUGAGGUUGCGCAGCGGCAUAGCAUAACUUUGUCGCACUGAACCGCAAUUGGUGUGGUGUAAGUCUAGUUUUAGCUACAUAGUUUUAUAAUUACAAAUUCUAGUACAUACGCUCAUACGUACUUAGAUACAUCUGUACAUACAUAUGUAUGUAUAUAGUUAUAGAAUUAUAUAUUUAUAUUACAUAGUUCCAUAGUGCAACUAGUUCAAAGAACAAACUUUUUAGUUUUCCUUUCUUCCGCUAUGUAUAACCAUGUGAUAGAUGUGUGUGUUUCUUUUAUAAACUUAAAAUUUUAAUUAUGAUGGAUUUUUUAUUUUUUUUAAAAUAAAGUAGUGAAUAUUUUGAGUGUUAGUGA